AUGAAGCCAAAGAGGGAAGCUCAAGACCCAAAGAGACGUCGGCUUCACCUGAACAAUCUGAGGAGAAUUCCCACCGUGAAUUGGAGUCCUCCUUCCAGCAUGUCUUCUCAUCGCUCAAAAUCCGGCGCCACUAAGCCUGCCUAUUCCUAUAUAGCCCUCAUUGCUAUGGCCAUUUUGAACGCCGAGGACAAAAAACUGACGUUAUCACAAAUUUGUGACUUCAUUAUGUCGCGAUUUCAGUAUUACAGAGACAAAUUCCCAGCAUGGCAGAAUUCGAUCCGCCAUAACUUGAGUUUGAACGACUGCUUUGUCAAAAUUCCCCGAGAGCCAGGAAACCCCGGCAAAGGUAACUACUGGUCAUUGGAUCCGAAAGCUCAAGAUAUGUUCGACAAUGGUUCAUUCCUACGGCGUCGAAAAAGGUUCAAGCGGCAACCGGAACCGCAGGAUAUGUCGCCGAUCACCUUCACACCAUUUCUGCCACCAAUCGGACCAAUGGUACCGUCGCGAAUGCCAUUGCCAAUGCCGACGAUCCUUUCACCUCUUCCUCCACCUGCACCACAACUGCCAUCAUCAUUGCCCCGUCAUCCGAUGGCAAUGGUGCCAACGAUGAUGCCAAACAUUCCACCUAGAUUACCGUACUUUUAUCCAGGAAUGUCAUCAAACGUUGACCAUCAGAAGUUAUUGGCUGCCUUAGCCGCCCAGACUCCGUUGACGUCUACGGCAUCUGAAUGUGUACACACCCUGCACAAAGUUGACUGA